GACACAGACUAAAUUUUCGACUAUGAAUUUCUUGUUUAGUCAUCACGGUUCUGGACCCCGAGUGCUCUCAGAUCUUUCCCAGGUUUUUCGUAUUACUGUCGGUCAUCGUGUUGAAGCUGUGUGAGUCUGCCCCCAAGUGUUGCAACUACACUGCAACUGGCCAAAUCACAGCCUUUUUCUUCAUUUUAAGUUCUGCUCAUUAAAAAAACAAAACAACUUUUAAGUAGGGAAACUGUAACUACAAAUGACAGCCCAUAAAAGUCAGUGUGUUUUUUUAUCUAAAGUAGUAGUAGCAGCUCCUGUAGCCUCUCCUGGGUGCCUAUUCUUGGAAUUUCCCGAGAGCGCUUGAAUGCAGCAUUUCUUUCUUUUUAAAUGUCUCUUCUUUUUUACGUCUUUAAAUACAUUUUUAAUACUACGGCAAUGGCAACGCCGUUACCAGUCAUGAGUAACAUCAUGGCGCAGACAGGGACGACAAUUGCUUUACUAUUUACAUCAACGCGCGUUCACGCGAGCCGGAUGCUCGUCCACUUGGCGCCCAUCAAAGUGCAACAGCGUCUGUGGAAAAACUUCAAGAGCACUUUGUGGUUGUAAUAUCGACCCGAACACGAAUAAACUGCGCUGACAAGUGAAAGAUGUGGAAGUCAGUCGUGGGCCACAAUGUGAACAUGAAGGUGGCUGCAGAGGGGGACGACUGGGAGACAGACCCUGACUUUGAGAAUGACGUUUCAGAGCAGGAGCAGCGGUGGGGAGCCAAGACCAUCGAGGGCUCGGGACGUAAAGAACACAUCAGUGUUGCAGAGCUCAGAAGCAAGGUGGCUGUGGAGCAUGAGCAGGUGAAGGAGAAAGAGCACAUUCCCAAAGCAUCCUACGGAUAUGGAGGGAAGUUUGGAGUGGAGAAGGACCGAAUGGACAAGGUGGCUGUGGGUCACAACUACGUGGCACAGGUCGAGCAGCACUCUUCCCAGAAAGAUGCGGCACGAGGGUUUGGCGGGAAAUUUGGUAUUCAGAAAGACCGUGUGGAUAAGUCUGCCAUGGGCUUUGAAUACAAAGGGGAAGUGCAGCAACAUGCAUCUCAGAAAGAUUAUUCUAAGGGGUUUGGAGGAAAGUACGGGGUGGAGAAGGAAAAAGUCGACAAGGCCGCUUUGGGGUACGACUACAAAAGUGAGACAGAGAAGCACCAGUCGCAAAAAGACUAUGCUAAGGGAUUUGGAGGAAGGUACGGGGUGGAGACAGAGAAAGUGGACAAAGCAGCUUUGGGGUACGACUAUAAAGGAGAAACUGAGAAGCAUCAGUCACAAAAAGAUUAUUCAAAAGGAUUCGGAGGGAAGUUUGGCGUUGAGAAGGAGAAAGUAGAUAAAGCAGCCUUGGGCUAUGAUUAUAAGGGUGAGACGGAGAAACAUCAGUCACAAAAAGAUUAUUCAGCAGGUUUUGGUGGUCGCUAUGGAGUGCAGAAAGAUCGCAUGGAUAAGAGUGCAGCCGGCUUCUCAGAAAUGGACUCCCCUACCUCUGCUUAUGAAAAAACACAACCGUUUGAGGCCUCAAGUGCAGGUGCAGGAAAACUGAAGGCACGUUUUGAGAGCAUGGCCAAGGCUUCAGACGAAGAAAACAGGAAGAAAGUAGAAGAAGAGAGAGCGAGGAGACAGGCCAGAGAGAAGAGAGAGCGAGAGGAGGCCAAACGCAGACAGCAGGAACAGAGCAGCAGAGAGGAGGAAGUUUGUCCACCCCCUGUUCCAGAUGAAGAUCCAGAGUAUGACAUGCCACCACCAGAAAUACACCACCACAUGCCAGAGAUCCAAGAAACACCAGAGCCAGACCCAGAGCCAGAGCCAGAGCCAGAAGAUGAACCUGAGUAUGAAGAACCCCCGGCCCUGCCUCCACGCUCAGAUGAUUUCCUCGAACCGGAUGCCCCCCUGCUACCUGACAGGUCAGCAGAGGUGGAGGAGGAUGAAGCAGAGUAUGAGGAACUUGCUGAACCACCUGCUCCUCCGCUGACAGGUGAGGAAUACGACUACGAAGACCUGACGUGUGGCCAGGAGGCAGUAGCAAUUUACGACUAUCAGGGAGAGGCGGAUGAUGAGAUCUCCUUCAACCCAGAUGACGUGAUCACCAACAUAGAGAUGAUCGAUGAAGGCUGGUGGAAGGGACAGUGUCACGGACGCAUUGGUCUGUUCCCGGCUGCUUACGUUCAGCUGAUGCAGUGAGCGACAAGCUCACGCAGUUGUUUCAAGCUUCACUUAAACAAUCCCAGGUUUCUUAGGUUGUUCAAUAGAGGGAAUUUAGCACUCUAUAGAGAUAAUAAAUCACAGCAAACCUGUGCCAAAAAGGUUUCCAAUCAGCUGAUUUCAAUCCUUACUGUAAAUCUCGCUUAGGGUCUGCGGCAGUGAGUUUAUUGGGGUAGUAUGACCACCAAAUCUAUUUUAAUGGCAAGAAAAUACAUCUUGUGUCUGCAAUAAACUCAUUGGAGUCAAUAAAUUAUUCUAUAGGCAGGAUUCUUUGUGUUGUUUGUAUGGCAACAUCCUUUAUUACUAUCUAUUAUCAUUAUCACCUUUCACUGGAAUUGAAUGUAAUUGUGAUCAUAUGUGACUCGAAACAAAGUUUGGUUAAAACUGGGGGGGGGGUGGUUAUACACGUGAGAAGCAUUUUAUCUACAACACGGCUGAUUCAAUAAUGAUUUUGCGUAUCCGUUCUACAUCAUGGUAUAUGCAGCAAAAUUGGAAAAAUAUUCCACAUUAAUUUAGAGAUUCUGAUGAGAGAGAUAAGACGAAAUGAGGGGAAAAAUGGGGGAUAUGCAACAAAUAUCCCCAGUCUCCCCCGAAGCUGAGCCACGAGGCCAGUAAUACUAAUUUUAAACAUAUUGCCCAGUCUUAAAUGUUAGAAAAAAAAAAAUAUAUAUAUAUUAUAUAUAUAUAUAGUGAACAAUGCAAGCCAUGAAUCUGAGAAUAAUUUUUUAUCAGAAUAUGAAAAGAUGUAAAUUGUAGUAGAGAAUAUAUGACAAUCACCUGCAGUGCUAUGAUGUAUUAAGACAAGCUAAAGGCAGACGUAUUUUGCACAAGUCUGAUUUUCUUAAACUUGUCCUAACAUUAAGAUGCAGCUGCCGUUCCAUACGAACCAACAUGUUCCUUCGGUGACAUACUUUACAAUAACAUGCUCUGUGGCACAACCAUGAGUCGUGUAAUCCACUGCACUGAAUGAGAUCCAACAGUAGAAAGUGGCAGUUAUCAUGUAUAAAUAAAUACAUGAAAUGAU